AUGCAUUUUGAAACACAUUUUUCAUUGUCUUUUGCUUUCAAUUCAAUUCACAAUUGAUUUCAAUAUUUAUUUAUUUUUUGACUUCAUUUCACAUUUGUUUGAAUUAAUUGACCAAAAAAUCGCACAAAAUGUCAAAUAAUUUGUUAAAUAAUUUGUUUGAAACCAAUGAAGAAGAUUCAGACGAUGACAACGAAGACGUGGACUACAAUCCGGACAAAGAAGUGGUCCAACGAAGCGAUGAGAGCUGUUCUGAAGCCGAAGACGAAGACUAUGAUGAGUCAGACGGACACAAACGAAGACAUCGCAAACCUAAGGGUCGAGACGUCGAAGAAGCGAAAGAACCGGAGGUUAAGGAAGUGUUGAGCGAAGAGGCGGUCAAACAAAAAGAAGACACAAUUUGGCAACAAUUUUGUGCAGAUUUACCCAAAUCUGAGGACAAAAACAAUUUAAGUAAU